AUGUGUGUACAGGUGUCCACUCAGGCGUCCCGUCUCUGUUCACAGGCUGCGUACAUCGUAGCUGAAGGUUUGGCCGGUGCCAUGUUCUGGACUGUGGACUUUGACGACUUUGCAGACCAAGUGUGUGGGGAAGGUCCCUACCCUCUGAUCCAAGCUAUGAAGGCGGGCCUGUGGAGUCCUGGAAGUCAGCCGCUGACCUUGAGCCCAGCUAACGCGAGCUUGCCAUCUCCUCAAUCACCCACAUGGUCGCCAUCUUCUACGUCCAGUAGCACGGACAUCAUGAGUGGCGGGCACAGCUCAACGGCCACCCCGGGUGUCCAUCAUAAUGAAAGCCAUCACGUGAUCGCCUGCUACUUUACCAACUGGGCCCAAUACAGACCUGGUUUAGGCCUCUACUCAGUGGCUAACAUUGACCCCUACCUUUGUACGGACAUUGUGUACGCUUUUGCCUACAUCGACACAGCCAGUCUGACCCUGACAACCGUAGAGUGGAAUGAUGCAGAUCUGUACGCACAAGUAAUGGCUCUGAAGUCUGUGAACCCCGAGCUGAAAGUGCACCUGGCAGUGGGAGGUUAUUCCAUGGGAACCUGGCCAUUUGAAAGCAUCACAGCCUCAAUGAGCAACAUGGAGACGUUUGCUGGGAACGCCGCCUCUUUUCUACGUACUCAUGGCUUUGACGGCCUGGAUUUGGAUUGGGAGUUUCCAGGCGCUUCCUUCAGAAGCCAGUUUUCCCAGCUGUGUGAAGCUCUGUUCCAGCACUUUAGUGUAGAAGCUCAGGCAUCUGGCAAGCCCCGCCUGCUCUUGACCGCUGCUGUGUCCGGUUACAAGACAGAGAUAGAGGCAUCAUAUGAGCCACAGAUCAUUCAACACUCAUUGUCUCCCCAGAUUUGUGACAUGAUCAUGAGCGGCACCCUGAACAGAGUGUGGAUGGACGAUUCCAGAGUACCUUUUGCCUACGGUCAACGCAACUCGCACUGGGAAUGGCUUGCCUACGACGAUGUACAGAGCAUGACUGAGAAGGUAAGCUCCGCCUGA